AUGGCAACGACAAUCGAUGACAUUGGUUUGGUGGGGAUCAACGUGAGGAUUUGGAGAUACGUGGCCGUGCUGUAUCCCACUCCGGCCACCAAUUGGCGCAAGUUUGCCUUUGUCCUGCCCGUGUGCGCCAUGAAUCUGAUGCAGUUCUUCUAUCUGCUUCGCAUGUGGGGCGACCUGCCCGCUUUCAUACUCAAUCUGUUCUUUUUUGCUGCCAUUUUCAAUGCCCUGAUGCGGACGUGGCUGGUCAUAAUCAAACACCACCAGUUUGAGGUAUUUCUGGAGGAGCUGCACAGACUCUAUCGGUGGAUACACGAUUCCGGCGACGAGUAUUGUCGAGCCAUCCUGCUGGAGGCGGAGCGGGAAGCCCAUCGCCUGGCGGUCUUCAAUUUGAGUGCCUCCUUCCUGGACAUUGUUGGGGCCCUGGUCUUCACGCUCUUCAAAGAGGAGCGAGCUCAUCCCUUUGGCGUGGCUCUUCCGCUGCUGGACAUGACCCGCACGCCAGUCUAUGAAAUCGCCUACUUGCUGCAGAUACCAACGCCCCUGCUGCUGUCCGCCCUGUACAUGCCCUUUGUCAGUGUCUUUGCCGGUUUUGCCCUCUUCGGCAGGGCCAUGCUGCGUAUUCUGGUGCACAAAUUGUCGCUGAUUGGUGGCCAGGGGCAGGACGCUGGGGAAAGAUAUCAAAUGCUGACCGCCUGCAUUCGCUUUCACAUGGCAGUAAUGGGCUAUGUGAAAAACUUCAAGGACUUGGUAAGCCUCAUUGUGGCCAUCGAAGCAAUCAUCUUCGGCUCCAUCAUCAGCUCUCUACUCUUCUGCCUGAAUAUAAUAACUUCACCCACACAAAUAAUCUCGAUCGUCAUGUACAUCCUCACCAUGGUCUAUGUGCUGUAUACCUACUAUAACAGGGCCAACGACUUGGUCAUUGAGAACACUCUGGUGGCAGAGGCCGUCUAUAAUGUGCCCUGGUAUGAGGGUAGCAUUCGUUUUCGCAAAACUCUCUUGAUCUUCUUGAUGCAAACGCAAUGUCCAUUGGAGAUAAAAGUUGGCAACGUUUACCCCAUGACUUUGGCCAUGUUUCAGAGUCUGUUGAAUGCGUCCUACUCCUACUUCACUAUGCUGCGUGGCGUCACCAAUAAAUGA